GUCAGACAAUUUUGGAAAAUACCAUUAAUCAUAUACUAGAGAUGAUCACAAGAGAAACCUAUUCUGCGUCAGUGGACUCGAGCGGAAUGCAUUCUUUCUGUGUUGAUGAUGUAACCACCAAAACCACUUGUUCUCAGGAUUCACUGUAUUCAAGCAACAGUAGCAGAAGUUUGAAGAAUGAGGGGGAAAGAUGGCUCCGCUUUACCAAUCCAAGAACCACCAGUCUACUCUCUUUACUCUACCUAGCCCUGUUGACGUUUUUCGGCAGCGCAGUCUUGUUAGCAGAAAUGAGACACCACAGUCAACAAACCCAGAAUGUCCAUGGCUCUCUCACAGUCCUCAUGUUAACCUCUUCUGCGUGGAUGUUGUGGUUUGGAUGGAAAUCUGCAAAAAAUAAAAAAAUUAAAAUGUACCAAGAUCAUCAGGCUGGUGCCAGCUGGUUAAAAGGUAUGUAUGGUCGUUCUCUUCUUUUACCCCCCUGCAUCUCAAAUCACUCUGUACUGGAUAUGGGAUCAUGCCAACAGCACCUUAACCAGAAACAUGUCUCCUCUCCUCCAAACUAAGAACACAACAGGCCCUAACAAAUAGAAAUUGCAGCUUCUAAAUGCUAUAUUUCCCAGCAGGAUUCCACUUCCUAAAAUGCUAUUAUAAAACUUUCACUAAAAGCAUGCAUUAAUAUGGAAAAGCAAGGUCAUUAUUGCAGUUUCUUUAAAACUAGAUUUACAUGGCAGAACUAAGUGGGACUGGGACACUGCAAUGAGCUGAAGUGGUCUUGGUGACUGUAGUGUCCCUUUAAUUACUUGUGCUUUCCUGGGGUCCUAGUGGAACAAUGGAAUCUGUUGCUCCAUUGCUGUAGAUCUCUCAUUUCACUCCUGCCUGUGGUCAACAACCUAACCGGCACUAAUCUCCUUGAUGACCCUAUAGGCCACCAUGGAUUGAAAUGCCUCUCCUCAACCACUUGACCUUAAACCGUAAAGGGAAUAAAGGAAGCAAGAGUUUAAUCAUUAAUGGCACCCUAAUUAGCAGCUUGAAGAACCUUUAAGAACCUUUAAGAUUACUGUUAGUCUCACUAUUAAAAUGUUACAAAUAUUGCCAUAAUUAUGGAGAUACCCAGGUGGCACUGGAUGCAAUAUUAGCGCAUCGUAUUAGUAGAUGUUACAGUCUGGGAAAUAGAGGUGGGUUUCUGCGCUAAUUGUAGAUGUAAAUCAUUGAACCCCAUGUACCCUGCAACUAGCUUCCUAACGUAUCAGAGACAGUGGAAUGUUGUGAUGGGAGUUACAGUCCCCAGAAUCUUUAGUGCAGGUGUAUCUAUAGCUAAAAUGGGUUGUACAUUAACCGUGAACGCUGUGAGUACAAGGUAUCCUAACCCCCUAAGAACAUCAGAGAUUAAUCCGUCUCCUUGUUUCCCGUAGGAGGUCUGUGUCUGUUUGCAUUGGCUACUUUAGUUCUUGACUGCCUAACGUUGGGAUACUACCAUGAACUGCAGCAAUGCACAUCGGUUCUUGUCACUUCGUUUCCAAUUGUUCAGGCUGUUUUCACAGUCAUACAGGUGAGAAAUCCCAAACAGCGAGACUCUGUCAUGUUUCUUUUACGCAGUAAGAUCUGGUUUGUAUUCAGCAUAUGGUACUCAAAGUGGGUUUCAUUAUUAUUUGAUCUGUGCUUUCUGCCCAAACUGAGCUGAGGAAGUUCAAUCAAUACGUUAUGAGAUGCCGUUUCAUUGAUUACUGAUUAUUUAUAUAUUACAGUAAUGACACAAAAUAUCUGAAUAUUCUCUCAAAUAUAUUACUAGAUCUUUAGAUUGAGUGCAAUGCCACUUUAGAAAGGAAUAACACUGAUAUAUGAGAAGAUACCAUACUCUGUAAUAUCAUAUUAAAGGACCACUAUAGUGCCAGGAAAACAUACUCGUUUUCCUGGCACUAUAGUGCCCUGAAGGUGCCCCCACCCUCAGGGUCCCCCUCCCGCCCGGCUCUAGGGAGAGAAAAGGGGUAAAAACGUAUCUUUUUCCAGCGCUGGGCAGGGAGCUCUCCUCCUCCGAUCCUCCUCUUCUCCUCCCAUUCGGCUGAAUGCGCACGCGCGGCAAGAGCUGCGCGGGCAUUCUGCCGGCCUCAUGGGAAAGCAUUUGCAAUGCUUUCCUAUGGACGCUUGCGUGCUCCCACUGUGAUUUUCACAGUGAGAAUCACGCAAGCGCCUCUAGCGGCUGUCAAUGAGACAGCCGCUAGAGGAAUUGGAGGAAGGAUUAACCCAUGUGUAAACAUAGCAGUUUCUCUGAAACUGCUAUGUUUAUAAAAAAAAUGGGUUAAUCCUAGCUGGACCUGGCACCCAGACCACUUCAUUAAGCUGAAGUGGUCUGGGUGCCUAGAGUGGUCCUUUAAUGAUAGCUGAUGUGUGAUUAUAAUUUACAUCAGGCUCUAUUUUUUUUUAAUUGAAUUAUAAUUAAAUAAAACAUUCAAAAUUAGAUCAGAAAACCACUUUAGGAUUGGAGCUUUUAGUUGAUCAGUUAGAGAAGUUCCCAGGAGGGGGCAGUCUGACACACAGAAUGAUUGGGGAAAAUAGAAAAAACGCGCAAAAAAGGGAUUUAGGAUAGAGUAGGUAAGAUAUUUAUUUGAGGAAUUAAAUAUUAAGAUGUUCUCUUGUUUUCUAGAACGCCCUGUAGUAGAUAUUAUCCAGUUUAGUUUACUAAUACUUUUAAUGGUUUAAUAGUACUUUUCUGCAAAUUACAAAAUUAAGAUUUAAAAAAUUAAGAUAUUGGAAAUUGCCUAUAACUUGUGUUAACUUUUUCAUGAUGUGACAAACUCCCCUUUUUCUGUGAGUUUGCCACGAGUUUUUGGAGGGGCCUGUUUGCUUGCCUCCUACCCUGUGACUAUGGGCCCUGCAAUAUACCUUGCCCAAUACACUUUAAAAGGCUCCAUUCAUGUAAUGUACUUUUGUACUCCACAAAGAGAGACCGACCGCUGGCCCUAAUUCCCUGGAACUGUUUUGGGCAUUUUUGAACCCCUGCUCUGGGUGAUUUUUGGAUAUGUUGUUCACCCAGAUCAGGGCUAUCCAAGGAUGUAAUGUUUUGGGGUACUUUCUGAACUUUGUGAAAAUGUGUUUUUUCUGCCUGGAGAUAAUUGAGUUACUUACAGGACUUUACUCAAUUAUCUUCCAAGCAGAGGGGAGGUAUUGUAUGCUGUACAUGGGCGUGUCACAGAUGUAUGUUUGUUUUGAUUGGUUUGUGUCCUUUAUGGGGUGUUCCUCUGGCCUGAAUAAUUGUAUAAAAGCCAACCUGAACCAUUAAAGAUCAGAUCAUCUUGCACCUUCAUGAAGUUUCGGCUCAUGUUUGGGGGAUUAGAGAACUACACUCUGGGGAUUGCUAUAAUCACUAUACUCCCCUGAGUAUAAUCAUUUAGCUCUUGUAAGAGCUUGUUCCUGCUACACUCUCUGGAAUAAGAGAGGUCUAUCCACUGGAAGCUGGAUCCUAUUCAUAGGUCCAGGGUGGGUAGGAGACGGCGAGAUCCCAAGCAAGCUGUGGCGGUUCAUGGGGUUUGCAGUAGUUAUGGUGGUCCAGUGCAGUGCUUAUGGUACUCGCAAGUACUAGGAUGCAGCGAUUGACGGAGGUACCUGGUCGCGGUGCCAGGCGGUUCAUCACACAUGAUAUGUUCUGUUUUUUAAAUUUUUUAAAAGGGGCACUAUAGUCACCAGAACAAUUACAGCUUAUUGAAUUUGUUGUGGUGUGUAGAAUCAUUACCUUCAGGCUUUUUGCUGUAAACACUGUCUUUUCAGAGAAAAUGCAGUGUUUACAUUACAGCCUAGUGAUAACUCCACUGGCCACUCAUCAGUUACCUUCCUGGGUCAUGGCUGCCUAAAAUGCAUCCAAACAUUCAGUAUCUCCUCCCUCUGCAUGCAGACACUGAACUUUCCUCAUAGAGAUUCAUUGAUUCAAUUCAUCUCUAUGAGGAGAUGCUGAUUGGCCACAGCUGUGUUUGAAUCAUGCUGGCUCUGCCCCUGAUCUGCCUCCUUGUCAGUCUCCUAUGGGGAAGCACUAUGAUUGGAUCAGGCUACCACUUCUGAUGAUGUCAGCAGACAGCUUGUUUUUCUGAGGCAAACAGCAUGCAGAUCUACAGCUUCAGGCUUGAAUACAGUAAGCUGUUGCUAUAUUUAUGGAAGCAUGAGGGGCCCAGGGGGGCUAGAUUGUGGUUUUAACACUAUAGGGUCAGGAAUAGGCCCUUGGGAGACAUUUGGUCUUAUUGCUUAAAAGGGACAUUGGAUCUCAAAUUAAACGCUUAGUUUGCAAAGUACAUUUUGGCUUUGUGAAACCGUACAUUACAAAUUUUUCUUUUCAAUAGUUUCUUUUUUUUGUUAUAAAUGUAGGAACUUCAUUUAAAAUAUUUCCAAUUUUUGGUGUUUUAUAAUAAUAGAACAAUAGUUGGAUUAUUGAACAAAGUUCAAUAAUAAUAUGCGGAACAGGACAAUAAAUACAGUAGACAUAUAGACUACAAUAGUCAUAGGAGAUCACUGUACAUUAUGCACAUCAUGAUAAUCAAUACAAACCUAUUAAUCAAUUCAAUCUAAACCUAUAUUAUUUAUUGAACUGAGCCGAGGAGCACAUCCAAACACAAAUGCUCAGGAAAUAUGCUGGUUCCACUUUUUUCUUUUUUUUUUUUUUUUAUCAAGUUUUGGAUUUUUAACAUUAAGAAGUUAUAUGAUGUGAUCUUAUCAUAUGUCCUUCUAAGUUCAGAAGCUCGAGGCUCUCUGAGGGUUUGGUGCCACGUAUUAUAAUUGACAUGAAAAUAUUAAUCCAUAGUAAUGUAUUUAAUUCCAGGUUUCUCUCCUCUCAUUUUACGCUAAAGUUUGCAUACAGGAGAAACAAACAUUCAACAGGUGAGAAUCUGUAUUUAUACAGUUUUGCCAUUUUGAAUAUUAUUUAUUUAGUUAUCAGGGGCUAUAGCACAUUAUUGCUGCAGAACAAAACCCCAGAGAUUUAACAGUCUCUGUUAAGGACACAAAUCAUCACACCAUUACCCAUUACCUAUACACCAUCACCCAUUAAAUAUACACCAUCACCCAUUAAAUAUACACCAUCACCCAUUACCUAUACCCCAUCACCCAUUACCUAUACCCCAUCACCCAUUACCUAUACGCCAUCACCCAUUAAAUAUACACCAUCACCCAUUACCUAUACACCAUAA